AUGGAGCGAACAAAGUCACAAGCAAGAUUCACUGAAGGCCUCCCACCAUCUAGGCAGGACUCUGACGAGCAGCGCACUGACGAGAAGGGCAUCGGCGAACAUGUCGAAACGCCCGCGCCCAAGCUCGACAAGCACGGCUUCCCCCUCUUGCCUCAGCCAUCCGACAAUAAGGACGACCCACUGAACUGGUCACCCAUGCUGAAACUCGCUGUGGUGCUCCAAGUCAGCUGGCUCGCCUUCCUAGGCCCUAUGGCCGCCGCUGUCGCCAACCCAGCCUUCGUCGUCAUCGGCCGCGCCUUCGAGAUCACGCCCGUCCAAGCCUCGUAUUCACUUACCAUGUACAUCUGCUUCGCGGGCGUGGGACCCCUCCUCAUCAUCCCCUUCGCCAACCACUAUGGCCGCCGCCCGGUGUACCUGGUUGCCAAUUUAGUUGCUGCCGCCACUAACAUCGCCGCCAGCUACAGCACCACAUGGUCCGGCCUGCUCGCCACCCGUGCCUUCAACGGCAUCUUCGGCGGCACUCCGCCUGCCAUCGGCGCCGCCACCGUCUGUGACUUGUACUUCAUGCACGAGCGAGGUUUCUACACCGGAAUCUUUACCUUCUUCCUCACCAAUGGUCCGCACGUGGCGCCGCUCAUGGGCGGGUUUCUGGCGCAGUACAUGGGUUGGGAAUGGUGCUACCGUAUUCCCGGGUUCAUCCAGCUAGGGACGUUCGUCGUGACGCUCUUCUGCCUACCCGAGACGCUCUACAGCCGCAGCACGUCCAGCGUGACGCACAAGCCGCACUCGUACUGGGAGCUCAUCACGUUCCGCGCCACGCUGCCGCAGCGAAGGCUGAAGUUGAAGGACUUUUGGCGGAAUAUCUAUAUGCUCAAGUAUCUGACCGUGACAAUACCAGGGGCAUACUACAUGACGAGUUUUGCAUGGGGCUCCAUCAUUUUCGCUGCCACAGGUUCGCAGCUCUUCCGCGAGUUUUACGGUUUCACGACUUCCCAGACGGGGUUGAUGUUGAGCAUUCCACUCCUCAUCGGCUGUCUGAUCGGCGAAGCCAACGCAGGCUGGCUCAUUGACUGGAUGGUGGUCCGGUACGCGAAGAAGCACGAUGGUGUGAAACUCCCCGAAGCCAGGCUGGAUGCGUUGUGGUUUGGCCUGUUCGUACCGAUCGGUCUGAUUAUCGAAGGCGUGUGUCUCAGCCACCACAAGACGGUACACUGGGUGGGCAGCGCUUUCGGAAUGGGCAUUGCGAAUUUGGGCCUGCAGGCUGCGACAACGGUGACCUAUGCAUAUACCACAGACUGCUACAAGCCGCAGUCCGCGGAGAUCAGCAGCCUCCUCAACCUCUUCCGAUCGACAUUCGGCAUGAUCGUUUCGUUCUAUGCAAUCCCACUGGGCGAGGAGAUAGGCUUUCAAUACGCCUGGCUCAUCUUCGCCCUAAUCAACAUCGCCCUGUUCGUGCCGUUCAUGGCGUUGAAGUGGGUGGGUCCGAAACUGCGCGAGAAGCCGUGGCAGUCGCCGCCAACGUUCAACAGGGACCUGUAG